AUGUCCUCGACGCCCACCGUUACCUUCACUUUCAUCAGACAUGGUGAAUCGACGGACAACCUGAAAAGCGUGUGGGCAGGCUGGAAGGACGCAUCGCUCUCUACUCAUGGCAUGAACCAAGCCAAGGCAUUGGGACUGUCAUUCACCAAGACACACUUCCUGGCAAUUCACGCAUCUCCGCUUAAGCGUGCACUGUGGACUGCCCAGGCAGUCCGCGACGCGCAGACAGACACGCAACCACCUCUCACGACGUCCCCUCUCCUGCGUGAGCAACACUUUGGAAUUGCCGAAGGGAAGCCAUGGAUCAUGGAAACGCAGUCGGGCCUCUCCUUCGAGGAGCACUUAAGGCGAGGGCUGUACCCAGUGCUACAUGACCGUUCGCAGAAGUUCCCCGAGGGCGAGAGCCUGGACGACCUAGCCGCACGAGCGAAGAAGGCAGUCGACGAGCUGCUGAUGCCCUAUGUCUGGCAGGCGGCCAUGGCGGGGGACAAUGGCCUCCACAUCGCCAUUGUGAGCCAUGGCCUGUGCAUCAGCGAGCUCAUCCCGGCACUGCUCGUAAAAGACCAGAGCGGGUUACAUCCAGGCCAUCGGUACAAGGGUCUGUUGAACACGGCUUGGACUAGGGUCACGGUAAAUGUCAAGGGCGCAAAAGAGGGUGAGCUGAUGGACGUCCAGGACAACCGGCCUCUUCCCCUCGAGGUCAAGGUCACAGACUUCAACCGGCAUGAACAUUUAGAUAGCGUGGCUCGCCAGAAGGGCGGCAUCGGCAGCUCAGAAUUCGACCCCAACCAGCAAAGUAUCCGUGCAUUCUUCGGCGGCGCAGGCGUACCUGCCGAGGAGGGACGGGCCGCGAGCAAUGCCUACGACGAAUCCAAUGUCAACACCGGGAGACGGUGA